GAGGGUGACAGCACAGCGGGGGGUUACACCUUCCUGUGUAACCUCACCUAGGUGUUCCUGCUCCGGCAGGCGGAUGGGACUAGAUGAUCUUUUGAGGUCCCUUCCAAUCCCUGACAUUCUGUGACUCUGCAGCCGCCGGGCCGAGCCUGCUGCGGAGCAGGGCAGGCCGCUGCCUGGCCCGGUCCUCCUCUCCCUCUCUCCUUUCCUCUCCCCACAGGCCGGGCGGCCUCCCCGCCCCGCGCCCCGGGCAGCGCGGGCGCCAUGAGCGCUCUGUGACGGCUGCCCCCACGCCAGCGGGGCCGGACCGGCCCGGGCGGGCUCCCCGCCCCACCCUGCCACGCCACGGGUUUCCCACUCCGGGUUGCGGCGGACGCUCAGCGGGAUGGCGCCGGCGCUGCUGGACCUGGCCCACUGGAGCACCUGGGCGGUGUGCGCGGUGAUGAAGCUGCCGCAGCUGGCGGCGGUGCGGGCGGCGCGGUCGGCGCGGGGGGUCAGCGUGGGCAGCCUGCUGCUGGAGCUGGCCGGCUUCCUUGUGUUUCUGAGGUACCAGAUCUAUUAUGGGUACCCUCUGCCGACAUACCUGGAAUAUCCCAUCAUCAUUGCACAAGAUGUCAUUCUCCUUCUGUUUAUUCUGCGUUUCAAUGGACACAUGAAACGAGCUUUGUUCUAUGCAGUCACAUUUGGGGGGGGCUGGUACAUGCUAACACUGCGGAAGUGGAUAAUAGACCUGGCUAUGAAUUCCUGCACGCUGAUCAGUGCGGCCAGUAAGCUGGCUCAGCUGCGGUGUCUCUGGCAGACAAAAGAUUCUGGACAAGUGAGCGCCCUGACCUGGAGUAUGUCUGCAUAUACCUGCGCAACAAGAAUAUUUACAACUGUAAUGACUACAAAUGAUCUCGCAGUUCUCAUCCGUUUCAUAACGAUGCUCAUUCUCAAUAUUUGGGUCACCGCCACAGUCCUGAACUACAGGAAAACUAAAAAGACUGAUUAAAAGACACUCAUCAGCAAAUGCCGUAGUUACCAUCAAAAAACCCUGACACGAUUAAGCUUAAACAACAGAGCAAAGGUUAAGGAAGCGCUCGCUCUCUUAAGCCUAGUAUUUAUCCCUAAACAUCCUUAAUAGUCAUGCGUAUUUUCUCUUAGAAAUAAUUCUGAUAAGAUUCUUAAUUUAAGCAGCAUAUUUUUAUUGGUCAGUUAAGACAAGUUUUACUGAUACCACAUUUUAUCUGGAUUUUUUUACUAAAUGAACAAGGAAUUUUGUACUUAGAUGUUUACAUAUUCUCACUUCAGUACUUUCUGGUAACAUAUAAGCAGUUUUCUUCAAUUAUACAAGAGCAGUUUUGCACCAAUAUAUCAAAUGAUCUUUCUGCAUCUGCUGCAAGUUUGUAAAACAAGAGAUGUUUGUCUUCUUGCAAGCAACUCAAUUAGUUAGACAUUAACUAUCCGUACCUUAUCAUGAAGAAAAUCUGAGUCAAGGCCCAAUCCAAAAUAAGGUUCUGAACGUGCUUUACUAAGUCACAAAUCCAAUUGGGAUUGUGACACUUUACAUGCAACACUUAAAUAAUACAAUUUAUUAUAUACAGGAUACCCACAGUCACUUUCUUCCAUAUACCCAGUUUUUAUUAGGACAAGAGCAAAAGCUCAGCCAUGAAUUCUGCUUUUUCAGCCGGAGCUCUCAGUCACUGAACAUGCUGGUUUGAGAACAGCAGAGACCGAACUCCAUAGAAAUCAAUGAAACUUUGGCCAACAGAGUUAAAAACCACGUUCAGCAGGAGUUCCUGAGCGAGUCCCCAGACACAAUGCAUGUGACAGUGACGCCGUGCACCUGCACCCUGGUGCACCACAGCACUCAUCUCCAGGGGGUUCAGCUGUUGAUGACACUGCUCUGAGCUUUCUUAGUUUUUAGCCUGUCUGUGCUGAAGAAUCUAAAGACUUCAGUUCUUACUUUGGAGAUUCUAAUCCAUUUGUAGUAGGUAUAUUUAAAAAAGGGAAAAGGAUAUUCUUGAGAGCUAGUGAUGGGGGAUUUUGCUUUUGGAAGUAACACCUUUCUGACCAGAAGUUACAGAAAUGAUCGCAUAACUUGCCUUAAUUUCUCAUUCGUUCUCCAAAAUGAAAAGAUGGGCUCUUUCAAGAGUUCUUACAGUAUUACUGUUGAUUGGCACAUUAAAGCCAAGGCACCCUUGCUCCUGACACCCUUGAAAACUGCAUAGACUACCCCUAGGGCAGAUUGUCCUUGCAACGCGCUAAAUCAUUGGGCUCUCAUGGAAGAGCAGGGUCUGCAAAAGCAGCUGUUCCCACCAAUGGACACUCAGCAGCUGGAGCCAGACCUUCCCCACCAGCAAACACGGCUACGCUGGAAACUCCCCUUUUAGAGCUGGAAGGGGUGGGAAGGGGUAUGUCCAUGGACAUACAAUUUCAUAUCUCCCCCAUUACUGAGAGCAAGUUCAAAGAUGAGGAUUUUUUACUGCUCCGAUAAAAUGUAUAAAUGUUUUUAUGUUGGUUGAGAGAGUAGCUGUAAACAUCCUGUCACUGAUUUUACUAAAGCUGUGUAAAUAUCUGAAGUAGUCUAGAUGCUGGCAGGUGAUACAUUUUGCAGGUCAUAAUAAUAAAUGCUAUUCUCCAUAA